GAAGUCUCGUUCUAUUUUAUCAUGGAAAUUAAUGGAUUAUUUUUUUAACAAAUUUUUAAAGAUAAUAUAAAAAACAAAUAUAUAUAAAUAACUAUGACUUCUCAAACAUGUUCAAUCAAUCUUUUAAUGUCUAUUACAUAUAUCGCUGCAAACAUAACCUUUAGUCUUUAAAGUAUAUAUGUAUUUUUAAACAAUGUUACACAGGACAAUUUGUAAUAUUGUGCGAAGGACAGCAUGUACAAAUAUACAAAUAUCGUAUGCAUUAAAAAGUGUAUCGAACUUAAAUACUAAACGAUGUAAUUUAUUUCUGAAUUGUUCAUACCCGCAACAAAAUUUGAAUUCCAUGUUAUUUGUAAGAUUCAAGAGUAAAGGAAACAUUUCAAGAAAAAGUAAGAGUGAAGAUGAAGAAUCUGAUGAAGAUGAAGAAUCUGAUGAAGAUGAAGAGUUUGAUAUUGAUGUUGAUGACUAUUUAAAUACAGAUAAAUCAAAGGUAAUUGUAAUUACAGUACCUUCUCUUCGAUUAGAUGCUAUUGCUAAAGCUGGAUUAGGAAUAUCACGCAAUAAACUGGAUAAAGAUUUUUACAACAGUAACUUACGUGUAAAUGGAAAAAAAUGCUUCAAAAAAGGAAUGAUGGUGCGUAUUGGAGAUGAAAUAGAUGUCAUUCAAAGACGAAGUCCUACAAAUCCAAACUUUUUGAUAAUAAAUCGAUGUACAUUACAAGCAGUUAAAGCAAAUCCCGAAACAGAUAGUAUUAAAGUAAAAUUAAUUCAAAAUAAAUCUUUAUUAGUUGAAAAUUAUAAAGAUAAAUGGGACAGUAAUGAAUAAUUGUAUGAAUAGUAAAAGUAUAUAUAUAUAUAUAUAAAAUUCAUUUAUAUAUAAUUAAUAUGUACAUAAUUGAUAAGUAUGUAAUAGGUUUAUGUGUAAUAGAUUUUAUGUAUACAGAACAAAUAAAUUUUUAAUAAUACAAGAACUAAA